AUGGCCUUCGAUACCCCCGAACAGAAAUCAAUUUUGCAAAAGAGCCUCGAUCAGGUUCUCCCCACCACAACAGAUGAAACCAACCCAAAUUUUGCACCCGGCGUAGUGUUUGGAGUGACCAAUUCCAAAGAGACGGUUUACCUCGAGGCUUCAGGUGUUGCCAAUUUGGAAACAAAAGAGCCAAUCUCCAUCGACAGUAUUUUCUCUAUCUUCUCUUGCACUAAGGCCAUCACUGCCUUGGCUGUGUUACAAUUAGUGGAGAAAGGUCUCGUGGACUUGGAUGCUCCAGCAAGCAACUACUUGCCAAAGUUGGAGAAGUUGAAGGUUUAUAAAGGUAAGGACGACAAAGGAGAAUCGAUCUGGGAGGAGGCCAAAACGGCAAUCACCACCAGAAUGCUUCUCACCCAUACAGCAGGAUUCAGCUACAGUUUCUUCCAUGAAGAGUAUGCCAGAAUCAGAAAGGAAAAUGGAGAUCUCUGUAUCUUCGACAUAAGAGAUAAUCUCUUUGACGAGGCGUUUUUGGUGAAUCAGCCAGGUGAAAAAUGGCAUUAUGGUUUGAACCUUGACUUCGUAGGUAAAAUCGUGGAGGCAGUAUCCAAGCAGUCACUAGGUGAGUAUAUGAAGAAGAACAUCUUCGAGCCUGCUGAAUUGGACUCGUUCACCUUCCAUUUGAAGCCUGAUCAGAAGCUGGUGACCAUCCACUACAGGGAGGGAGAUAAGGUUGUGUUGAAUAGCUUCCAGGCCAUUAAGGACCCUUUGCACGAUCUUGGGGGAUCUGGGGUAUUUGGCCAGGUGAAUGACUACUUGAAAUUCAUCAGGAUUUGGCUUAACAAGGGUGUGGCAGACAAUGGAAAUCGGUUGUUGAAGGAGGAAACCGUGAAAUUGGCCUUGCUGGCUCAAUGGACUGAAGGAGUUGGUAUUCUCGAAAGCUUUGAGCCAGAAAUCCUGAACUCUUUGCCGGACAAAGGAGUCGUAACGGACUGGUGGAGCUUACCAUUCAGUAUCAAUGCAAUUGACUUUCCUACUGGACGGCCCAAAGGGUCUUUCCACUGGGCAGGAAUUGCCAAUUUAUACUAUUGGAUCGAUACAGAGAAUGGAAUUGGGGGAUUCUACGCUUCGCAGAUUCUUCCAUUCAUGGAACGUUCCGUGGAGAACCUAGUGAAGUUAGAGUCUACUGUUUAUGCCAAUUUGAAAUAA